UCGUUCACUCCAGAUCGGUUUGCAAGUCGGCCUUCGUUUCUAGGGCAACAACAUCACAGCUAGGAUUCUCUUGGACUUCCGUCGAUCCUAUCGCUAUCCCUUCUCCCAAGCCUCUGAGCGCCAUGGCGCUCGCCUCCCCUGCUUCUGCUGAAACCCUACAGAUAAAGCUUGAGAAACCCGAUGCUGAAAUUUCGCUGACCACCUCCAUUGCCCCGCCUUCCAUACUAACAUCCACUCCGGACUUAUCAUCUACCUCCGUGCCCGCCGCUGCUGCCGCUCCGCUUGAGAACUCUAACCCUAACCCCCCUAAUCCAAACCCCUCCAUUUAUUCCAAUCCCAGUGCCGGUCUCAAUCCGACCCCUGCCGUCAUCACCCCGCCUGCUCCGCCCGCCGCCCCGUCCUUUACCCCAUCAUUUCGUCCGCUUGGCGCUCCUUCGAUACCCCAGUACACGACCGUACCGAACCCUAACAUUCAGCCACCAGGUGUCACCACUCAAUUUGUCUCGGUCAAUCCGAUGGUGCCGGGCACCAUUUACCAUGCGCCACCCGGCCUGCCACUGGCUUCGGCUCCUUUACCGUACUCCUCUAAUGGUUAUAUGUCGUUUCCCGCACCUGCGCCCCAUGCGAUCCCUCCACCGGGAGUUCCACGUUAUCCUGGGCCAUACCCAGCCAUGAUUCGACCUGGUUUUCCAUUGCGACCUAUGCCUCCUUUUGGUGUGAUUCCACAAGUUCCUAGACUUCCACUCCCUGGGGUUCGUCCGAUACCUCCUAUGAUUACCCCUAUGGUGCGGCCAAUUAUUCCCAUACUUUCUCCAGCAGAGAAGCCACAGACCACAGUAUAUGUCGGGAAGAUUGCUCCAACAGUUGAUAAUGACUUUCUGCUGUCUCUUCUUCGGAUUUGUGGCCCAGUAAAGAGUUGGAAACGUGCUCAAGAUCCUUCAGAUGGAAAACCUAAAGGGUUUGGUUUUUGUGAAUUUGAGGCUGCUGAAGGUGUCCUUCGAGCUCUCCGCCUUCUUAGUAGAUUGAAUAUUGAUGGACAGGAGCUUGUGUUGAAUAUUAAUCAAGCAACUAGGGAAUAUCUUGAACGCUAUGUGGAAAUGAAAAUUGAAAGAGAAAAAGAGAAACUCAAUGAAACUGAAGAUGCUUCUGUUGAGGGUAAUGAGGGCAUACCCUCUGAAAAGAAAGAGCCUCCAAAGCAGGUUAUUGAUGAAGCAAAAAAACAAACAGAAGAUUCUGGUGAGAAAGGAAACCAAGACAUCCAUCAAUUUGGUAUUGUUUCAGAUGAAGAUCGUGAAGCUGAUAAGGAUGCUUUAGUUAAGGUUACAAAUAUGAUUGAAGAGAGAUUAAAAACCAACCCAUUGCCCCCUCCCCCUCCUAUACCAGCUUCAACCGAUGGCCCUGCUAAAUCAAACUCUGAGGUUCCUUCUAGAUCCAAGGAUGGUGAUUCGGAUAUUGAUAUUAUGAAGAGUGAUGCGGCGGAAGAAAGGAAUGAUGAAGAAACUACAAGCGAAAACAGGCAUACUGAUCAUGACAAGCCUGAGUCAAGCUCACCGGAUAGGAGACGAUAUGAUAGAAGGAGAGAGAAAGAUAGAGAACGUGAUUUGAGACGGGAUAAAGAGAGAGAACUAGAGAGAUAUGAACGAGAACGUGAACGGGAAAGAACGAGGAGAGAGAGAGAAAGGGAUUUGAGAAUGCGAGAAGCUGAACGAUUGUACAAGGACCGUAUGAAGGAUUGGGAAGGUAGGGAAAGGGAGAGAGAAUACCAGAGGCAGCAUGAAAAGGAUAGGGAGAAGGAUAGGCAACGGGAACGGAGAAAGGAGAUACUAAUGGAUGAAGAGGGAAGUGAUGAAGAUGAUGAUUCAAGGAAAAGGAGACGUAGAAGUGGCAUGCUUGAAGAUAGGAGAAGAAAGAGACUUAGGGAAAAAGAAGAAGAUUUUCUUGAUAGAUUAAAUGAAGAGGAAGAGGUUGCAGAAGCAAAGAAGAGGAAAGUUGAAGAGCAGAAAGCCAGCAAGAAUCCAGAACCUAAGCUUCCUGAGGUGAUCAAGGAGAAUGAAAAGCCUAUAAUUAAAGAAGAAAUGAUUGUUGAAGGAGGUGAAACUGCUUUUGAACAAGAUCAAGGAGCUGUUUCUGAUACUGUUGGUAAUGGACUUUAUGGAACUAUCAGCAGUGAAAUGGCUACAGGAUCAGCUGCAAUUCCAGAGAUGAAGCAGAAUGAUGGCCCAGUUCGGAAGCUAGGGUUUGGCCUGGUAGGUUCUGGAAAACGAGCCACUGUUCCAUCUGUUUUCCAUCAGGAGGAUGACGAAGAUGUAGAUGAGAAAAAGAUGAGACCCUUGGUACCCAUUGAUUACUCUAAUGAGGAGUUGCAGGCUGUGAAAGGAAAUGUGUCUGCAGCUACACCAAAUAUUGUUGCAGCUGCUGAAUUCGCCAAGCGCAUCUCUACAAACUCCAAAGAAGAGAAGAAUGAAACUGAAAGGGAAAGAAAUGGGCGAUUGAGCCGUAGAGAUCGUGACCGGGGUGAGUACGAUGUAACCCAUUCUAGGAGUGAAAUCAAGGAAAAGAUGCAUGAUAAAGUUUCUGAACGGGAUGAUAAGAUGAAAACAGAAAACAAAAAGCUUUUAGAUGCAAAACAGUUGAUUGACAUGAUACCAAAGACUAAAGAGGAGCUCUUUUCAUAUGAAAUAAAUUGGUCUGUUUAUGACAAGCAUGCAUUGCAUGAAAGAAUGAGACCAUGGAUUUCAAAGAAGAUAACUGAGUUUCUUGGAGAGGAGGAAGCGACCUUGGUGGAUUAUAUUGUUUCUAGUACAAAAGAACAUGUUAGAGCUUCAAAAAUGCUCGAGUUGCUACAAUCUAUAUUGGAUGAUGAGGCAGAGAUGUUUGUUCUCAAAAUGUGGAGGAUGUUGAUUUUUGAAGUGAAGAAGGUUGAAACAGGCUUGUCUGUUAAAUCGAAGGCCUAAAUAUCAGCAGAUACUCAUGGAAUCAACUGCUGCUUUCUGUAGAUGCUGUUCGGAAUUGCAAUUGACGAGAGAUGCUUUCUGCCAUUUUCUGGUAAAGAAAUAUUGUGUUAUGCAGAAGUUUAAUGGCACCAGGAGAUUGUGAUACGCUAUUUUGCUACAAUCUUUAGAUUUCUGCAGGCUAAUCGCAAGCUAGGGUUCCAUACCAAAAGCCCUUUUUGCAACGAAUGCAGAAGAUGGUGUAGGUACAUUUAUUCUACAUUUGUUAAGAGCAAUGCUAUACCAUCCCAUAUAGUCCCACUAAUGUUGGCUUGAACAGAUUGGAAGUAAUACAUAUAGCUAUUUAGGGUUAUUGAACUCUCUUUCUCUUUCUUAAUGAAAGCAUUUAGACUUUUUGUUUUUUGGAGCCA